AUGCAACCCCGCAUUGUCUGGCGCAGCUUCCCUGAUCGACACACGAGACUUUCCCAGUUGCAAAUUCUCGCUUCCCCUGCGCCCCCGUCUCCCUCAAGUAACUACUCACCCGCCGUCACCAUGUCGAAAAGGCUACCUCUGAGUUGUGAGAAUUGCCGACAGAGGAAGAUCCGUUGUUUUGGUUCGGGCGUGCCAUGCAACACCUGCCUAAAGCGUGGAGUGGCGUCUACUUGUCAAUUCAAGCGCAACGUUGAACAAAACCAGCAAAGAGAACGACUCGAGGCGACUCAGGAUCUUCUUCUUCGGCGAAUAUCAGAGCUAGAAGAUCUCUUGCUUAAGAAUAUCGAGCUCGUAUCAACCUCGAACGCUCGACCGAACGAGGCCCUCCGUUCGCCCGCAUCCCAGAAUGAUCUCCCGCGCGCUCUGGACGACAGAACUGACAGAGCUGUUCCAAACCUCACGGAUACCAGCCGUCUUACUCGCAUUAGUGCUGGUUCUCAGCAUCCGCACAUUGGCACUGUCGUCGAGUCUCCAUCGGGCCAUGUGCGGUACAUUCCUCACGGUACCGGUCGGGAUCAAGAUGUUUUCCACUCGCUUCAAGGCCAAUCUCAAUCGGAUUCAGUGUCUAGCGUGUCCCUCUUUGGGGAGACAUUUCCUAGCAGACAAUCUCUUUUAGAUACGCUACCACCUUUUCGUCAUUGCGAUGAACUCCUCGCUACAUUCAACGAGGUGUUCUCGCCCCUCUUUCACAUUCUACACGACGGGAAAUUCGAAUCAAACUAUGCAAAUUUCAAACAAGAUCCUCAGAAAGCCCCGCUGCCUUUCAUCGGGCUGAUCUUUGUCGCCUUAGGGCUUGCUGUGACUGCCAUCAACAAAGAAAGUGCUGUACUGUUUGAUUUGGGCCGAGAGGCUUCCCCAGCAGAAAGCGCGAGAUCAUUAGCAGCAAAAUAUCGACAGGCGGCGAUGAGGUGCUUAGCUGCAGAUAAUUUCAUGUGGCAGCAUAGCUUGCAAACUUUGCAAUGCCUGGUUUUGCUGAUUUAUGCCAUCAAUCACGCGCAGGGCCCAGCUUGGGCUCUUCUCGGAACGACGCUCAACAUUGCCAUUGCCAUGGGGUGCCAUGUUGAUCCUGCACUGCUAAACUUAGAUCCUGUCGAGGUCCAAGAGAGGCGACGGGCCUGGGCGGGGCUAAUGAUGCUCUACACUAUCCAGAAUACUUGCCUUGGGAAUUUAGUUCCGUUCACUGUUGAGAAUAAUGUACAGCUACCGGCAGAUAUAGAAGACACAGAUAUCAUGCCCGAGUCCCUGCACGAAAUCAUGUACAGGACCGAGCCGCUAUCAAGGAGGAGCCGACCGACGAAGAUGUCCUACAUCUUAUUCAAAUUUCGACUAUACUCUCUGGCCUCAAGCAUAUGCAUACUGAGCUCCGAAGAAUAUGCACCCUGUUGGAGAAAGAUUCAGGCGCUAGAUUAUCAGAUCCAGACUGAAUUACAAGCUCAGUCAAAACGUUUCACAGCGCAAGUUGAUUUGCCGUUAUAUCACCAGGCGCAUUCCUUCAUUUUGAAUAACUACACCAAUCACCUGAUUCUAAUGCUACAUCGGAUCUGUCUCAUGAAGCCACACGAGUUCGAACACGCAAGUCUCAAAACAAGCUACGAAAAAUGCGAGGAGGCUGCUCUUGCCAUGCUUUCAAACCAUGAAAGGCUGAGUUUGCGGUACGAAUUCCAACCGUACAGCUGGUAUAUUCAUGGUCUUGGUUCAUUCCAUGCCUUCUUAGCAAUAUCCACCUUGUUGGUCUUACUGAGAAAGGAAGUGGAUCUAUCUACCCCUCGACACCUCAUACUGCAAGCUAUGCAAAGUUGUGCCCGGCGAUUCCAUGAAUAUGCCCCACAGAGUGAGAUCUGUAAGCGAGCCGCAUCCAUCCUGGACCAGUCAAUACUCGGAGAACUUGCUCAGCGCACGCCAUCUGACACAUUCUCGAAUGAUGUCGUCUCAAGCCUGGAUUCCAUGCCGAUUGCUACAAGCGAUUCACCUGACAACCUCGACCCAACCUUCUGGUCCCUUCCGGAGAGUUUCGAGGAAAUUGUGUCUAAAAUACCCUGCGAAAAAUGGUUAUCACCGGCAGUUUUCCCUUGGACAGAUAGAAACAAUAUUCUUUGA